AUGAGGAAACAAGUUCAUGGUGAUCGCUCUACUCAACCUUCUUGGUGUGGCAAGUGUAACAAGAAGCAUUAUGGAGAUUGUAGGACAGCCCCGGUGAAAUGCUACAAGUGUCAAGAGUUCGGUCAUUUUAGGAAGGAUUGUCCUAUGCGAGAUGCUCCCGAAAGGACUCCAGGUCGUGUUUACACCUUGGACGCUAGGAAGGCCCAAGGGAACACUAAUCUUGUUGCUGGUACGUGUUAUGUCAAUAACCAACCUUUGUUUGUGCUAGUUGAUUGUGGAGCAACACAUUCUUUUAUUUCUUAUCCCUGUGUGCGGAGGCUUGGUUUUGAAACGAGUCUUCUUCCUAAUCCUAUGAUUAUCUCUUCGGCUACGGACGAUGUAGUAGAAGCUCGAGAAAUUUGCAAGGAGUGUUCUAUUACCUUCAAUGGUCGUAGGUUCGUGAUUGAUCUCAUCUGUCUACCUCUUAAGAAGAUCGAUGUAGUACUUGGUAUGGACUGGUUGUCAGCUAACUCGGUUUACAUCGGCUGUAAAGAGAAGGCUAUCUUCAUUCCUGCUGAGGAGACUACACCAACCGAUGCCAUUGAACAUCUUCUUGAAGGUACAGUUAACAUGAUCAAUUACCUUUUUGCUCAAGAGAAGUCUUUCCUUUUGGUUCUUACGUCGGACUCCAAGGAUGAGAAGAGUGUAUUGGAGAUUCCGGUUGUGUGUGAAUUUUCCGAUAUUCGGGUUAAGAGUUCGGAUGUAUCUAAGACCGCUUUUAGGACGAGAUACGGUCAUUAUGAGUUCUUGGUUAUGCCAUUCGGGGUAACCAAUGCUCCUGCUGUCUUUAUGGAUUACAUGAACCGGGUGUUUCAACCAUAUUUGGAUCAGUUCGUGGUAAUCUUUAUAGACGACAUAUUGAUAUACUCUCGGACUAUCGAAGAGCACAUGGAGCAUUUGAGGAUUGUGUUGUCGGUUCUCAGAGAGAAGCAGUUGUUUGCGAAGUUUAGUAAGUGUGAGUUCUGGAUGUCCGAAGUUAAGUUUCUUGGACAUGUCAUAUCUGGCGGCGGCGUAGCUGUAGACCCUUCAAAGGUAGAAGCAGUGAUAAAUUGGGAACGACCCAAGAAUGCAACGGAGGUCCAUAGUUUCCUAGGCUUGGCAGGUUACUAUCGGAGAUUCAUUAUGGGCUUUUCUAAGCUAGCAUUACCUUUGACCAGGCUUACAAGGAAGGAAGUUUCAUUCGAAUGGAAUUCGGAAUGUGAGAAGAGUUUUCAGAAACUCAAGGAGAAAUUGACUACUGCUCCAGUGUUGUACCAUCCUGGUAAAGCUAAUAAGGUAGCGAAUGCCUUGAGUAGAAAGGAGAUUAAAGUUGCAGAACUGAUGAUGUUAGAGUUUGACCUUAUGGAGAAGUUCAGAAAUCUGGAUUUGCAAUUUGUGUGGGCACCAACGGGUGUGUUGAUAAGUAACUUGUGUAUUGAGAAUGAGUUGCGGGAAAAGAUCCGUCAAGCACAGUGGAAUGAUGUAGAAUUGCAGGCUAAAGCAAACCUUCCUGAUUUCAGAGAUGUGGCUGAUUAUGUAGAGCAGUGCGUGAUUUGUCAACAAGUGAAGAUAGAGCACCAAAGGCCCGGUGGUAUGUUGCAACCAUUGGAUAUUCCUGUUUGGAAAUGGGACAGUAUAUCCAUGGACUUCAUUGUGGGACUACCACGUGUAUUAGGUGGGCAUGACUCGAUAUGGGUGAUAGUGGAUCGUUUGACUAAGUCCGCGCAUUUCUUACCGGUUAAGACAACUCACAAGGUUUCUCACCUUGCGAGGCUUUUUGUAGUGGAGAUUGUGAGAUUGCAUGGUGUACCAUCUAGCAUUGUGUCAGAUAGGGAUCCGAAGUUCACUUCCCGAUUUUGGAAAGCUUUUCACCAAGAGAUGGGUACAGAUCUGAAUUUGAGCACUUCUAACCACCCCCAGACAGAUGGACAAACAGAAAGGACUAUUCAAACCAUUGAGGAUAUGCUAAGGGCAUGUAUCUUGGAAAUUGGUGGAAGUUGGAAAGAUAACUUACCUUUGAUAGAAUUUGCAUAUAACAACAGUUAUCAUGCGAGUAUCGGUAUGGCCCCAUAUGAAGCCUUGUAUGGGAGGAAGUGUCGAUCACCGUUGUGUUGGUCUGAAGUUGGUGAGAAGGGAAUCCUUGGACCGGAGAUAAUUCAAGAAACCACAGAAAAGGUUAAGAUGAUCCGAGAUAAGAUGAAACAAGCUCAAGAUCGACAAAAGAGUUAUGCGGACAAACGAAGGAGACCGUUGGAGUUUGAUGUAGGAGAUCAUGUGUUCUUGAAGUUACGGAAGUUUGUGCCGGAUUCAUUUCAUCCUAUCCUGCCAGAUACGAUUGAAGUAGAACCAGAUCUUUCCUUCCAACCGCAACCUUGUCGUAUCUUGGAGUAUGCUAGCAAGUCGUUGAGAAACAAAGAGAUACCUCUUGUGAAGGUGUUGUGGGAGGAGUCGCGUCCUGACGAAGCCACUUGGGAGCUCGAAUCAGAGAUGCGGGAGUUGUAUCCUCACCUGUUCUGUAAUAGAUUUCUCUUUCAAUUCAUUCAUCUUUCUCAGUUGCUCGCUGUGAACAACAACGAUGACAACCUUCAAGUUUUCGGCGGCCAUGGAAAUAGAAAUCAGAAGCAAAAUCCAGGUAAAGAACAAAUAACAGUGACAUCAAAAGUGGAAGGAGAACCGAAUUACCUGCGGCGAGGAGGAUUUCGCCGGUUUAUCGUUGAGUUGCUCGCUGUGAACAACAACGAUGACAACCUUCAAGUUUUCGGCGGCCAUGGAAAUAGAAAUCAGAAGCAAAAUCAAGGUAAAGAACAAAUAACAGUGACAUCAAAAGUGGAAGGAGAACCGAAUUACCUGCGGCGAGGAGGAUUUCGCCGGAAAGCCAAAAUUCAAAACAACAACAAUAUUGAGAUUGAGAGUGGAGAUGACUUACCUACGGCGAGGAGAUUUUCGCCGGAUUAUUGUUGA